CGCGCCGUCAGUCGCUGUAACGAGCUCUUGAUUGUCGGUUGUUUUGACGCCAUUUUGUUUUAAAUUUACGAUUCGUUUGUUACACAACUUGUUCAAACUGUGAAAAAUCAUACCAGUGAAAUCGUAAACUGUGAAGUGUUACAAAAAAUUGUGAAAUCUAUUCUUAACUCUUUGGAUACGCUCAAAAGUUAUUGUUCUGUAAUGACUCAAUUGAAUAAGCGAAAUUUAUGGAUUAAGUGAAAACACCAGCAAGUUUCCUGCUCAAAAGUGAUAGUGUUGUGAAUAGAGUGUUACGUAUGUUAAAUCGCUAUAGCCGAUAGUGUAUCGCCACCUUUACAAAUGAAGCGACGUAGAGAGGAAGUCUCAACACUGAGAGUAACACGGUGUGACACGGUGCAAUAAGCCAGGCAGAAUGUUGACAGUUAUUGGGCUACUGUUCUUAGGAUACGUCAGCUAUGGGUCGUCGCUACAACUGCCGGGGAUCAUGCACGUGGACCGCAACUGGUUCGUGACGUCACGCGACCCGGUGGGCACGGUGGUGACACGCGUACAACCGGAGAGUGCGGGCGGGGCGCGCGUACGCUACGGUCUCGAGACCAGCGGGCCACCUGCUCCCUUCACCAUCGACUCUGACACUGGCAUAGUCACUGUCAACGAUACCCUGGUUGACAAGGAAAAUCAAACAUACUCAUUAUGGGUAACGGCUGAUGAUGGAUCGAUUCCCCAAAGACUGGAAGUACUCGCGAUGGUAACCGACCGGUCAGGUCAGAGACCGAAGCUACCUCGCCCACCAUUCGACUUACCGAACUAUCCAAACAUACCCGACCUAUCGAGUCUACAUCAGCUAACAAAAUUCACAAGAACCACACAAAGAACAACCAAAGCAACCACUGAAUUAAUCGAAGAUAUAACAGUACCUCAAACGACACCUUACACUACCAAAAAACCUGAUAAAAUAGAAAAAACGACAGAUAAAGUAGAAAAACUAGGACAAGAAGAUAUUAAAAACAACACUAAAGUACAAGAGACGCCUAUAGGAAGUGACGUAUCACUAACAAUAAUACCACUUAUUGCGAUUGGUGGCUUAGUUGUCAUCGUGGCGGCAGUAAUCAUAUUCGUCUGUAAAAAGAACGGUUCCAGCGGACAGAAGAGCAAAAAGGAUGACAUGAGCAAAGACUCGAGUGGCAUCGUGCUACAAGACGCGUCAAUCAACAUGUGGGAUCGCCCGCGAGCUUACUCUAACAGAUACGAGUCCUGGGAUAACGGACAUUUACAGCUCUCAGAGGAAACUACAAUCAGCAAAGAAGAGCCGCCAGAUGAAUGGGAGUUUCCGAGACAUCGACUCAAAAUAUUCAAUAUUCUUGGAGAAGGUGCUUUUGGACAAGUAUGGCGCGCACAAGCAACCGACAUAGAUGGACAAAAAGGCGAACAAACUGUAGCUGUGAAAACACUCAAAGAAAACGCUUCAGAGAAAGAAAAAAGUGAUUUGCUGCAAGAGCUGAUUGUGAUGAAGAAUUUGGGCACACAUCCUAACGUUGUUCGACUGAUUGGAUGUUGCACCGAGAAGGAGCCAACGCUGGUUAUAAUGGAGUAUGUGAGCUUGGGCAAGCUUCAACAGUUCCUGCGGGAGUCUCGCGCUGGUCGGCACUACGGGAAUACGCACGCUGGUAGCCUCUUCCUCACCUCACGGGACCUCACGCACUUCGCUUACCAAGUCGCGCGCGGAAUGGACUUCCUCAGCAGCAAGGGGAUAAUUCACCGCGACUUGGCUGCUAGGAACGUCCUGAUCACUGAGGAGAGGACGUGCAAGGUCGCUGACUUCGGGCUGGCGCGCGACGUCGCUGGAACUCAUGUGUAUGAAAGGAAGAGUGAUGGCCGGUUGCCUAUCAGAUGGAUGGCGCCGGAGUCCCUGUACGAUGAUAUAUUCAGCGUGAAAUCAGAUAUAUGGAGUUUCGGCGUGCUGCUGUGGGAGAUAGUGACGCUCGGCUCCACGCCCUACCCCGGCCUCUCCGCGGGCGACGUCAUGCGAAAGGUGCGUGAUGGACAUCGUCUAGAGAAGCCGGAGCAUUGUCGUCGGGAACUCUACAACAUAAUGUACUACUGCUGGGAGGCCGAGCCCAGCGCUAGACCAGACUUCAAGGAAGUAGUCGCCAUGUUGGAAAGAUUGCUCUGUACUGAAAUGGACUAUAUCGAAUUGGAAAGAUUCCCAGAUCAUUCGUAUUACAAUGUACAGAAUUUAGAAGGCGAGAAAGUGUAAUGUGCAAUUUAAGGAUAGUAUAUAAAUUAUUAGUAUUUCUACUAAAGUGCUUUAUUUUUUUAUGUUUUUAUUGUGGAUUCAGCAUUAAUAUUAAGUAACGUGUUAACUUAAAUGAAUCUUAAUGUAGGCUUGAGGUCUUGGAAUGAUAAUUUAAGUUGUUAAAAUUUAUAGCAAGAUAUUGAAAAGUUGUAAAAAAAUAUAACUAAAUCAGUCACGUCCUUUAAAAAAAGCCGUUAUAUAAUUACUGACGUCUAUUAAAAAAAAACACGACAGUGUUAGCCGUUAAAUAAUUAGUUAUAUAAAUUUAUUUCGAAAAUCUAAACAAUUUAAAAAUAUUCUCAGAUUUAGAACAUGCAAAAAAAUCUAUAGUUCUUAAUAUUAAUCGACUAUUCGAUUCUUUUCUAUGGUAACAAAUACAGAUCGGGCAAUACGUUAUUUUUUUUAAUUUAACAAUUUCAAUCAUCUGGAAUCUGUUAUUGCUAGUAAGAUUAAAAAAAAUACAAUAAAAAAGGCUGCAGAUUAAAUUUUAAGGUAUAAUGUAUUAACCAUUUCAAUUUGAGAUAUAUUUGAUAUUUUAGAUAAUAAAAGUAUAAUGCCGACCACUUAUAAGUAUUCCAUCCAAAUAUUAUGUGUUUAACUAAAAAGGUAAGCAUUUGGUAUCCCUAAAAUGUUUUUAAAUCGCAUAUAAAUACCUUAAAAAUGUCAUUUAAGUCUUAUCCAAUAAAAUGCUGAAUGUAGGUUCGUUUUAUUUUGAGUGUUGAUUUUUCAUUGAACGAAAUAAUUAUAGGUAAACGAACCAAUAAUGGAUGAUGAGAUUAUUCACAAAAAUAUGUGUAAAUAAGGGAAUUUUGUUCAUAUAUAGCGACUAGUCCUUAGAUAUAUUUAUCUUAAUAUCUGUACAGCAAUUACUUGUUUAAUUUUUAGUUCUAAGAAUUUUAAAUUCAAUAAAAAGUUUUGUUGCGGUAA